UUUAGCACCGUCUGUCACACGCAGUUUCAUUCCUGCCUUCAUCAUCAUCCCUACUAUUUACCAUCAACCUCGUUUUUAUUUUCAUUGUGGAUGAUCCGGAGUAGUGUCAUCCCGGCUCGUGGUCUACGUACUAGUAUAUUAGUCUACGGAGAGAGUACUAGUGACCGACACUUGCUGGGAAUCGCACACUGCAUUAGAAAGAGCAGUGGCAGGACUACUCUCGACUUAGCUCCCUCACUAAUUCUGUCUAAUAUCCCUUCUCCUCCACUCAUUGCUCAUUGCUGCCCAUCCGCCUCAGGCCAAGGAAAUCAAUCGCCCAUCCUCCGUCCGUCAGUGUCUCAGUAAACUCUUAUGAAAUUGUCGACUUCGGACUUCUC